AUGACCAACUACACCAACGGCGACUCGAACGGCAACGCCGCCCCCGCGUCUGUCCACGAGACCUACCACUUCAACACGCGUGUCAUUCACGCUGGCUCCGAGGCCAACGAGGAGACUGGCGCUGUCAUCCCUCCCAUCUCGCUCGCGACGACUUACAAGCAGACCGCGGUUGGCGUGCACAAGGGCUUUGAGUACACGCGCUCCAACAACCCGAACCGCUUGGCGUUCGAGGCGCUUGUCGCGUCGCUCGAGCUCCCAGAGCCCGGAGACGUCCACGCCACCACGAGCCAGCUCGCGCACGAGCUGCCGCCGGCUCUCGCGUUCUCGUCGGGGUCGGCCGCCACCCAGGCUAUCGUUAGCUCGCUCGUCAAGCAGAACGGCCACAUUGUCUCGGUCGGCGACGUGUACGGCGGCACGUACCGCUACUUCACCAAGGUUGCGGUGAACAGCGGCAUUGAGACGUCGUUUGUGCACAUUAGCAUGAACGAGCAGGCUUCGAGCAUCGAGGAGCACGCCAAGGCCGUCGAGGCGCAGCUCGAGGCCUCAUUCCGCCCUGAGACCCAGCUCGUGUGGAUCGAGACCCCGACCAACCCCACCCUCUCGGUCAUUGACGUCGAGACCGUCGCCCGCGUCGCUCACGCUCACGGUGCCAUCGUCGUCGUCGACAACACCUUCAUGAGCAGCUACUACCAGCAGCCCCUCCGCCUCGGUGCCGACAUUGUCGUCCACUCUGUCACCAAGUACCUUAACGGCCACUCGGACGUCAUCAUGGGUGUCCUCGUGGCCCCUAACCCGGAGAUCAUGGACAAGCUCCGCUUCUACCAGAACGCUGGUGGUGCCGUCCCCGGCCAGUUUGACAGCUGGCUCGCCCAGCGUGGCGCCAAGACCCUCCACCUCCGCAUGCAGACCCACGGCGCUAACGCGCUCGAGAUCGCUCGCUGGCUCCAGCAGCAGCCAUGGGUCCGCGAGGUCCUUUACCCCGGCCUCGAGGGUGCUGAGCGCACUCCCGUCCGUCACCUCGCGUGGAAGCAGCUCUCGCCAGUCGCUCGCGAGAAGAUUGAGAGCCAGGGCAUGGACAAGGACACUGGCUUCCCCUAUGGCGGUAUGGUCUCGUUCCGCCUCGACGCGGCCAAGCUCAGCGCGGCCGAGAAGGCGACUGUCUCGUCCAACUUCCUCUCUUCGCUCAAGAUCUUCACCCUUGCCGAGUCGCUUGGUGGUGUCGAGUCGCUUGCCGAGUUGCCGUCACUCAUGACCCACGCGUCUGUGAGCGCCGAGGACCGUGCCAUCCUUGGCAUCGACGACGAGCUCAUCCGCCUGUCGGUGGGUAUUGAGGACGUGCGUGACCUUGAGAGGGACCUCGCGCAGGCCGCCAAGGUCGCCAGCCGCGCAUAG